AGGGAAGAAAAAAACAAAGGAACCAAAAAGACACCAACAAAGCACCAAGGAAAGGGAAAGCUUAUUCUCCAAGGCCAAAGGGAUAAAAAGGGUCAUUACACCCACAAAGGCGUGGCAGAAAAUAACCUACCCAAGUGAAAGACAAGUCUUGGCACCCCUCUUUUUGGCUUUUCCAUCUCUUCCCACCACCACCAAGAGCACUCAAAAGUCCUAUGUGAACAUAUCAUCAUCUGCAACAAGCAGGGUUUCCAAGAGGAGCUUCUCCUUCAUCAGCAACACCAAUUGAUGAUGCAUCACCAGCAGCAGCAGCAGAAUAAUGAUUUAUUUAGGGAGGGAUUGAUUUACCCUGAAGUCUCGCCGAUCUUACCAUGGUCCCUUCCUCCGGUUCACACCUUCAAUCCUCCCCACUUCUCUGGAACCCCGGUCCGAGACCACGACCCUUUUCUUGUCCCUCCUCCGCCGCCAACAUAUGGGGGUUUUUUCAACAGGAGAGGUCCCGGCCUACACUUUGCUUAUGACGGUUCAUCAACCGAUCAUCUGAGAAUACUAUCUGAAACUCUGGGACCGGUUGUUCAACCCGGUUCAGCUCCCUUCGGACUUCAAGCUGAGUUGGGUAAGAUGACUGCUCAAGAAAUCAUGGAUGCCAAAGCCCUUGCUGCCUCCAAAAGUCACAGUGAAGCUGAAAGGAGAAGAAGAGAGAGAAUCAACAACCACCUCGCUAAGCUCCGCAGCUUACUCCCUAGCACCACCAAAACGGACAAGGCUUCACUACUGGCAGAAGUGAUACAACAUGUUAAGGAGCUGAAACGCCAAACUUCGUUGAUAGCAGAAACGAGUCCUGUCCCUACGGAGAUGGACGAGCUUACAGUUGAUGCAGCAGACGAGGAUGGUAAAUUUGUGAUCAAAGCUUCCCUUUGCUGUGAAGACAGGUCUGAUCUCUUGCCAGACCUGAUCAAAACCCUUAAAGCCUUACGUCUGAAAACCUUGAAAGCUGAGAUAACGACACUAGGCGGCCGUGUAAAGAACGUUCUUUUUAUCACCGGAGAAGAAGAUUCAGGUAACAACGGUGACCCACAACAGUAUUCCAUAAGCUCAAUACAAGAAGCAUUGAAAGCAGUGAUGGAGAAGACUUCUGGUGAUGAGUCUUCUUCAGGAAAUGUUAAGAGACAAAGAACCAACAAUAUCAGUAUUCUUGAACACAGGUCCCUUUAAUUAUUCUAAGUUUCAUUUUAUUUUUAUUUUCUGGGUGGUUUUUUGUUUUUUCUGGGUGUGAGGUUUGUGUAUUUAGUACCAGCACUGGUGGAUCGUAUAGGUAAUGAUGGUGUGUUUUUAUGUACUAAUGUGAGUCCAAAAGAACAGGAAAUUAGGAAGGAAAGAGAGAGCAUGGGAUGGGGUUUUGGUUUGGUUUGGUUUGGUUUGUUAGCAAUGCAAGGAAAAAAAGAGUGAAGGAUCUUUUUCGUGGGAAGAGAAACCUUAGAUUGGAUCCUAACAGAGAAAAUGUGGAUAUCGAUUGCACUCAGUGUUUUGGACAAAACCAUGAACUUUCUGCGAUCUUAAUUUGUUUGUUUUCUGUUACGUACACCUGUGUGCUCGGUGGAAUUUAUGAACAUGAUGAGAACGGUGACGAUGUUGUUCUCGUCAUUUAUAUUGAGUCCCCACUCAUCACUCCCCAUCGUGAGAAUGAUACCAAAAUCUCUGCACUGUCUUUCUGCUCGCAUUAUUUCAGGUUUUCAGUUAUGGGUUUUUAACAAUGUGGAAGACAAAAGGGGGAGAGAGGGAAAAGAUCAAAAACCCUAAUGAGGGUAGCAUGUUCCUUGCA